AUGGCGGAAGCUGAAGCUGACGAGGCAAUGGGCGAGAUAGUUGAGGAUAUUACCGAAGGCGGUACAGAAGAGCUAGCCGAAGAGACAGCCAACGCAACAGUGGAAGAAGCAGCCGAAGAAGAAACUGAGGUCGCGACGGAAGAAGCUUCGGAAGAAGUACCUGAAGAGACAGAAGAGGCGAUCGAUGAAGAUGCAACUGAAGAGGAAGCUGAAGAGGCUGCCGAAGAUACAAGUGAAGAGGCACCUGGGGAGACUGAUGAUGGAGCUGCUGAAGACGCAGUGGAGGAUACAGACGAAGAAGAAACAGACGAGGCGGCUGAAGACACAGCUGAAGAUACAGUUGAAGAAGCAAAUGAUGAGGCGACUGAUGAUGCAGCUGAAGGAGCAACUGAGGAUGCAACGGACGAGGCGACUGAGGACGCAGUUGAAGAAGCAACUGGGAAUGCAACGGAAGAAGCAGACUCAGUUGAAGAAGGAGCCGAGGGCGCCCCGGAAGAACCAGCCGACAAGACGACUGAGGACACAGCUGAAGAAGCAGCUGAGGAAGCAGCUGAAGAAGCGAUUGAGGAAACAGCUGAGGAAGCAGCUGAGGAAUCAACAGAAGAAGCAACUGAAGAGGCGACUGAAGAUACAUCUGAGGACACAGCCGAAGAAGCAGCUGAAGAUGCAAAGGAAGAAGAGGCGGAGGAUACGGAGGAAGUAGCUGACGAGGCGACUGAGGACACAGCUGAUGAAGCAGCUGAGGACACAGCAGAGGAUUCAACAGAAGAAGCGACUGAGGACACAGCUGAAGAAGCAGUAGAGGAAGCAUCAGAGGAAGCAGCAGAGGAAGCAGCAGAGGAAGCAGCAGAGGAAGCAGCAGAGGAAGCAGCAGAGGAAGCAGCAGAGGAAGCAGCUGAAGAGGCAGCUGAUGAAACAGAUGAUGAGGCGAUUGAGGACACAGCAGAGGCUUCAACAGAAGAAGCAGCUGAAGAGGCGACUGACGUCACAGCUGAAGAAGCAGCAGAGGAAGCAGCAGAGGAAACAGCAGAGGAAGCAGCUGAUGAUUCAACAGAAGAAGCAGCUGAAGAGGCGACCGAGGACACAUCUGAAGCAGCAGAGGAAGCAGCAGAGGAAGCAGCUGAAGAUGCAGCUGAUGAAACAGAUGAUGAGGCGAUUGAGGAUACAGCAGAGGCUUCAGCAGAAGAAGCAGCUGAAGAGGCGACUGACGACACAGCUGAAGAAGCAGCUGAGGAAACAGCAGAGGAAGCAGCUGAAGAGGCGACCGAGGACACAUCUGAAGAAGCAGCAGAGGACACAGCAGAGGAAGCAGCUGAUGAUGCAACAGAAGAAGCAGCUGACGAAGCGACUGAGGAAACAGCUGACGAAGCGACUGAGGCCACAUCUGAAGAAGCAGCUGAAGAAGCAGCUGAAGAAGCAGCUGAAGAAGCAGCUGAGGAAGCAGCUGAUGAGGCGAUUGAGGAUACAGCAGAGGAUUCAACAGAAGAAGCGGCUGAAGAGGCGACUGAGGACACAGCUGAAGAAGUAGCUGAGGAUUCAACGGAAGAAGCUGAUGACGAGGCGACUGAUGAUACAACGAGAGAAGAAGCUGACGAGGCAACUGAGGACAUAGCUGAAGAAGCAGCUGAGGACGCAGCUGAGAACGCAGCUGAGGAUUCAACGGAAGAAGCAGCCGACGAGGUGACUGAGGACACAUCUGAGGACACAGCCGAAGAUUCAACGGAAGAAGCCAGUGAGGACACAUCUGAAGAAGCAGUAGAGGAUGCAACGGAAGAAGCAAAUGAAGAGGCGACUGAAGACACAUCUGAGGACACAGUCGAAGAAGCAGCUGAAGAUGCAACGGAAGAAGAAGCUGAGGAUACAACGGAAGAAGCAUCUGACGAAAUAUAUGAAGAAGCAGCUGAAGAACCAACUGAUGAGGUAGCUGCUGAUGAAGCAACUGAGGACACAGUUGAGGAAGCACUUGAGCUACAUGUCAGUCCACUGACAACGGUGUUACAUUCCACGGAAGGACUUGCAACAGUCGAGAUCAUGCCUGCAAGAAUACCUAUCGUCGUAUUGUAA